AUGGAGGCAAAAUCCGCAUUGGACAAGUCCACGGUAGACCCCAUUCAUUCAGCAACAAUCGCACAGCAUCCACUCGUAAGACAAAGGAACAUUCACCUCAAAUAUACCGAGGAAGAGAUUGCCAUGUGCGAAGCUGACAAGGCGAAAAAUCCCGAAUCAUUUAACGUCCAAUUCUGGAUAGACGGAAUAUCCCGGGAAUGGUCAUUAGCACGGGAGCUCCAAUACCGGAUCUACGCCGAAGUAGAUCCAAAUCAAGCUGACAAUGAUCGCUUCGAUACAAGUCGAAGAAGAAUCACCUUCUUUCUAGCAUGGUUGCAUACACCAGCAGUAAACAGUGCACCAACAGCAUCAUCAGCCAGAGCAGAAGUGUUCGGAAUUGCCGACGAGGAGCCCAAGAUAUCCAAAUCCACGGUCACCGACACUCUGCAAUCGGAGCCAGGUUCAGAACUCUCACUGAUUACCGAAAAUGCAGUACAGCAAAUCGGGAUUCGAAAUCAAUCAGCGAGAGCAGAGGUGUUCGGAAUAGCCGACGAGGAGCCCAAGAUUUCCAAAUCUAUGGUCACCGACACCCUACUAUUGGAGCCAUUAGACUUCAACACGUUUAAACUGUGGGAAAAUCGCCCACUAGCCGAUCCAUACCUCUUCCGUCCGGGCAAUAUCGACAUUCUAUUGGAUGGCUUAGAAAAACCUAGUGGAUAUAUGGCACAAAAUUCAGAGCGUGGUUGGCACAAAUCCCCACAAAUCUCAGCACAAGUAUGCACUGUCAGCGGCCCCCAACCAGACUUAACACGGUUCUGGGAAUUGGAAGAGGUUGAAUGCAGUAUUCAACCCACGGCAGAAGCAGAGAACUGCGAAGUAUGGUACAAAGAAAGUACAACUAGAAGCAAGGACGGAAGAUAUACCGUGUGCUUGCCGUUCAAAGAAUUUCCACCAAAACUUGGAGAGUCACGAUCACGUGCACUGGCGAGAUUCCUCCAAUUGGAAAAGAAGAUGCGGUGCAAUGCAAAAUUAAGAGAAGAUUACCACACGUUCAUGCGAGAGUAUCUAGAGCUGCACCGUAUGAGAAAGGUAAACAAGAGAGACUCUCAAUUAUACGGCUAUUAUAUACCUCAUCGCGCAGUGAUAAAAGAAGAAAGUUGCACCACCAAAUUACGAGUGGUUUUCAAUGCAUCAUGCCAAACAUCGUCGAAGCUUAGCUUGAAUGAAUGCAUGUAUGUUGGUCCGCAGCUCCAGAAUGACAUUGCGGAUCUAUUGCUUCGAUGGAGAAAACAUACAAUUGUCUGUACAGCAGACUAUACAAUGGUCAUAGAUAUCAUCAAAAAGGACUUCUACGUCGACGACGUGCUCUCAGGAGCAGAAGACCUAAAGACGGCCAAGAAACUCCAAUUGGAUCUUCUCGAAGUGAUGAAAAAGGGUGGAUUCACUCUUCGAAAAUGGUCUAGUAAACUUCCGGGAUUAAUUGAAGACCUACCCAAAGAACUGAUUGACCAAUCCACGUACGACGUGGGUUCAAGUGAAACGAAGAAAACGUUAGGGACCACCUGGGACCCACAAGAAGAUACAAUUAUGGUCCGUAUAAAUAGGAAUGUUUCCACCAAGAUAACAAAACGGAGCAUCCUAUCAGACAUUUCUAAAAUCUUCGAUCCUCUCGGAUGGCUGUCACCGGUUAUCAUUAUAAUCAAACUACAAAUUCUAAAACUUUGGAGUGACAAGAUUGACUGGGAUGAAAACCUAAAUGAAGAAAAUACAGAGAAAUGGCAACUCUUCUGUCGUCAACUCCCGGACAUCGAAAGUAUUCAACUACAACGUUGGGUGUCUACAACUGCGAACAUGGAACAACAUGGAUUCUGUGACGCAUCAGAAAAGGCGUAUGGAGCUGUCGUCUAUUGCAGAUCACCGAAUGGCGGAAAGACGUAUAUCAAUGUACUCCAAGCCAAAUCAAAGGUUGCGCCGGUGAAAACCCAAGUCUCGUUACCUCGACUAGAGUUGUGCGCAGCAAAGAUAGUAGCAGCGUUACUAAGGAAGUUAAGGAUCUCGCUAGACAUCUCGAACGAAAACAUCUACGCAUGGUCGGACUCGAUGAUCACCUUGGCAUGGAUUACCGGACCAGUGGAGAAAAGAGAGGUCUUUGUGGCAAACAGGAUAGUUGACGUAAACCGAAAUAUUCCGACUCAUGCAUGGAGGCAUGUAAGGACGCACGAAAAUCCUGCUGAUCUAAUAACACGAGGGGUGGCACCAAACAAACUGAAGGAGAACAAGCUAUGGUGGCAAGGACCAACAUGGCUGACGCAGGAGAAGGAAACGUGGCCAACGCAACCGAUGAUACGAAAGGUCAUUUCUACGCCUGCAACGAUAAAUAUACUUAUGGUAAAACCAAACUCCUCAAUCAUCAAUCGUUUCUCGUCACUACACAAAAUGUUACGAGUUCUAACGUACUGUCAACGAUUUCGAACCAGAGACAAGGAUGGAAUGAAGUAUGCAGAAAUGGAGUCAACAAUGCAAGCAGUCAUCAGAUUGGUGCAGCAAGAAGGAUUUGCUGAUGAAUUAAAGGCGUUAACAACUGGAUCACACAUUGCUAAGGCAAGUAAAAUAAAAUCACUAAUUCCAUUUGUUGAUCCAGAAGGCGUUAUUCGAGUCGGAGGACGUUUGGAAAACUCUCAGCUUAAAUACAAUCGGCCACAUCCAAUUCUUAUACCAUCCAACCAUCAUGUGGCGAAAUUAAUUAUCCAAGACGCGCAUUACACGACGCUGCAUGGUGGCAAUGAAACAACAUUAGCAUUCACCAGAAGAAAGUUUUGGAUUCCAAGAGCCAAAGAAACAAUUUACCGGGCAACCGACAGUUUCCAACGGAUCAUUAAGGCCGAGGAGGAGAUUGUCCGGGCACAAGAAGACACUGUGUGGAGAACAGUGCCCUCACACGCGUCCGUACUAUGGGGAAGUACGAUGACAACACUGUUAUUUAUAUUAGGUGUUGUGGUAACAGUGGUUUGGAUCCAUAGGCGCCGACAAGGCAAACCCUCUCAACCACAAGUAAGCCAAAUGGAGUUAGAAUCACUCUAG